AUGUCGGGCCAGUCGUCCGGCUGUGGCUUCCUCAUGUCGGUGGUCGUCCACGGAGACUCGACGCUGAACGAGCAAGAGAAGGAACUUAACCAGCGAUUGCGACGCCUCUAUCCGGCCGUCAACGAGAGCGAGACGCCGCUGCCUCGCUCCUGGAGCCCCAAGGACAAGUUUAGCUACAUCGGCCUGUCGCAGAACAACCUCCGGGUACACUAUAAAGGUCACGGCAAGACCCCGAAGGACGCUGCGUCAGUGCGGGCCACGCACCCCAUCCCGGCGGCGUGCGGCGUCUACUACUUCGAGGUCAAGAUCAUCAGCAAAGGCCGAGACGGGUACAUGGGCAUCGGCCUCUCUGCUCAGGGUGUCAACAUGAACCGGCUGCCUGGUUGGGACAAGCACUCUUACGGUUACCACGGCGACGACGGCCACUCUUUUUGCUCUUCCGGCACCGGGCAGCCGUACGGACCCACAUUCACGACGGGCGACGUGAUAGGUUGCUGCGUCAACCUCAUCAACAACACCUGCUUCUACACAAAGAACGGACAUAGCCUCGGGAUCGCAUUCACAGACCUUCCGCCCAACUUGUACCCGACGGUGGGCCUCCAGACCCCGGGUGAGGUGGUGGACGCCAACUUCGGUCAGCACCCGUUCGUCUUCGACAUUGAGGACUAUAUGCGCGAAUGGAGGACCAAGAUUCAGGCGCAGAUCGACCGCUUCCCCACCGGCGAGCGCGAGGGCGAGUGGCAGUCCAUGAUCCAAAAGAUGGUGGCGUCCUACUUGGUGCAUCACAGCUACUGCGCCACCGCCGAAGCCUUCGCCAAGACCACCGACCAGGCCGUGCACGAGGAGCUGGCCUCCAUCAAGAACCGGCAGAAGAUCCAGAAGCUGGUGCUGUCAGGCAGGAUGGGCGAGGCCAUCGAAACCACCCAGCAGCUCUACCCGAACCUCCUGGAGAGGAACCCGGACCUGCUUUUCAUGCUCAAGGUGAGACAGUUCAUCGAGAUGGUGAACGGGACGGACAGCGAGGUGCGCUGUCUGGGGGGUCGCAGCCCCAAAUCUCAGGACAGUUACUCCGGCUCCCCGCGGCCCUUCGGCAGCCCCGCCCACAAAGCCGGCAGCGCGCCGUCCUAUCUGACAGGUGGGGACAACAACUGUUGUAACGGCGUGACGUCCAACAAGAGCCACGGCUCCGCACCGCACAGUCAUAAGCCCUGCCCCCUGGGCUCAGGCUCCGCCCCCCCGGCGUCAGACGCCAGCUUGAACGGGAGCCACUGUCAGACGACCGGAAGCAGCGACAUGGACAUGGAAGUGGAGCACUUCACCAACGGCGUGACGGAGACCUCAAACGGCUUCCUGAACGGUUCCUCCAAACACAUCCACGAGGCGGACGACUGCGACGCCGACAUGGAAGUGGAGUCGGCGCUGAUUAAGCGGCAGCUGUGCGGUGGCAGCCAGGCGGCCGUCGAAAGGAUGAUCCACUUCGGACGGGAGCUGCAGAGCAUGAGCGAGCAUCUCCGGAGAGAGUGCGGAAAGAACUCUGCCAACAAGAAGAUGCUCAAGGACGCCUUCAGCCUGUUAGCCUACUCGGACCCGUGGAGUAGUCCGGUGGGUUACCAGCUGGACGCCAUCCAGAGGGAACCCGUCUGCUCCACCCUCAACAGUGCAAUACUCGAGACGCACAACCUGCCCAAGCAGCCCCCUCUGGCCCAGGCGGUGGGCCAGGCCGCCCAGUGCCUCGCCAUCAUGGCGCGAACGGGCAGCGGCUCCUGCGCCUUCGCCUCCGUGGACGAUUACUUGCACUAG